CCUAACAAACACGAGGAAACACAUCAUAAAACAUCACAAUCGUUUCUCCCCGCUGAGACAGCUGAGAAUAAUGAGUAGCGUGCUGCCCAACUCAGAGCGAGUGUGAUUGGUGCUCUGCGCAGCAUCAGGAGACCUGUGGCUCAUCGCUGGACGGAGAACAGCGGGAGAUUCCUCACAGACACAGAGCAGAACGCACGCUCCUUCGCCUGCACGCGCACUUGUGUCGACACAUUAAGCCUUAUUACUAUACCUGAAGCGAAGAGUUUCAGUUAGAGAAGGAAUCAUUAUGGAUUGCUCUGAAGAGGUGCAGUCACUCUCAGAUGAUGCCAGCACUCCCGUCGAGUUAAAGAAAGGAAUGUCAAUAUUUUUGGAUAUAUUGAGAAGAGCUGAUAAAAAUGAUGAUGGGAAGCUGUCCUUUGAUGAGUUCAAGGCUUAUUUCUCAGAUGGUGUUCUGUCAGGAGAUGAAUUAAAGGAGCUCUUCCAUGCAAUUGACACUCAUAACACAAACAACGUGGACACAGAUGAGCUGUGUGAAUACUUCUCUCAGCAUCUUGGAGAAUAUGAAAACGUCCUCGCAGCCUUGGAAGACCUGAACGUAUCCAUACUGAAAGCCAUGGACAAAACCAAGAAGGACUAUCAGGAGGCCACACAUCUGGAGCAGUUUGUGACACGUUUCCUGUUGAAGGAGACCACCAGUCAGCUGCAGUCUCUCCAGAGCUCUCUGGAGUGUGCCAUGGAGACCACUGCCGAACAGACCCGGCAGGACAGACAGGGGCCUGUGAAGCCAGAGGUUCUGCCCAUUCAGUGGUCAGGAAGGAGAUCUAAUCGAAGACUUCAAAGGAAUAACAGCUUGUCUCCGAACAACCCACUUCUGAACCUUGUUAAUUCAGGUCUGUAUGAAGAGGACAAUCAAUGGAUAACCCAGAUCAACAGACUGCAAAAGCUGAUUGACCGUCUCGAGAAAAAGGAACUGCGUUUGGAGCCGGUGGAAGAAGAGGUGUUGGAAAGCUCCACCAAAUCACACAUCCUGAUCGUGCAGAGGCAGCUCUCAGUGCUGGAGGAGGAAGUGGAGGAAUUUCGUCUGGCUCUCCGGCAGUACAUCGACUGCGCAAGAACCCAGACCGGCUGCCUCCAUGUUGCAGUUCAGCGGCUUGCCAACGAAUCCCGCUUCAUUCUGUAUGAGUUCUGGGAGCAAAGCAACAUGUGGAAGAAUCAUCUGCAGACCAAUUACAGCAAAACCUUCCAGAGAGGCAAUGUGGAUUUCUUAGAGACGCCAGAGAUUAUGACAACUAUGCUGGUUCCAGCAUCAUGGUGGGUCCUCAACAAUAACUAGAAUCUGUCGACUCCCGUUAGAUGACAGCAGACAUUAUGAGGACCACACAAGCCUGGACUGACAUCUGUAUCCCUGUCAUCAGGAACACGUUGUCUUCAUAUCUGCUGUAUAGUCAUAGUGACUAGCUCUUGCUUUCAGUGUUGUUCCAUUCUUAGCUCUAUAGGAGUAGUGUAAACUGUAGAGGAUAUCAAAUAGAGCAAUGAGAUCUUUGUUCUCCAGUGAUAGCACUCCAGUCCCAUCAGAGAUGUGUAAGAUGUGUUCAUCUGUGCCGUGACAGUACAGUGUUGAGUGCUGUCAGUAUGUCUGUAGCACAGGUCUGUGUCUCCUCGUGUAGCAGCACUUGACAUGACCACUUCUUUGAGAAGAUAUACUUCUAUUCUUGUAUUUCAUGUAGUUUGUCAACUCAGAAUGAACAUAUGAAAUUAAUGUGACCAACCACAAUUUUCGUCUUAAGUAUUGCCAAGUGGAGGUAGUAUCAAGUGGUUAAUAAAGUUUCUAAGUGGAU